AUGAAGUUCGUUGCUUUCGCUCUCUUCGCUGCCGCCGCAGCCAAGCCUCUCAACCGUCGUGGCACCGUUACUGUCACCGAGGUCGAAUGGGUCACCAAAAUCGAAACUGUCACUGAAAUCAUCGACGUCAGCACCACCACUUUUAUCACUCCUGGCCAGUCCGUCCCUACUGCCGACGCUACCCCGAUUGUCCCUGCGCCUUCUGACGGCCAGUUCUUUGAGACUGCUUCGAUUUCCCAGAAGCAGCCCGAGCAGACCUCUGUCGCUGCUCCUGCCCCCCCUCCCCCCCCUCCUCCUCCUUCUUCCACUGCUCCCCCUCCUCCCCCUCCUCAGCCUACCGCCGAGCCUGCUGCUCCUGCUCCUCCUCCUCCCUCUCGACCCGAGCCUGCCGAAUUCGGUGCGGCUCCUCAGUCUUCUUCCACCAGCGAGGCGCCUGCCCCAAGCAGCACCAGUGGCGGCGGCGGCGGCGGCGGCUCCGGCGAGCACAGUGGUGAGAUCACUUACUACGCCGUCGGUCCAGGUGCUUGCGGACCAGACGACACCGGCAAGGAUAAUACAGACAACAUUGUCGCCCUCUCCAGCAAACUCAUGGGUCCUCUCUCUAACAAUAACCCCAUGUGCAACAAGAAAAUCAACAUCUUCGCAAAUGGCAAGUCCAUCGACGCCACGGUGCGCGACAAGUGCCCUAGCUGCGCAGAGGGUAGCAUUGAUGUCAGCGAAAAAGUCUACAAGUUUCUCUUUGGCUCGCUUGACUCAGGUCGCGAGAAAAUGACCUGGUCUUUUGCCUAA